GCCAGUUUCUGUUGGGUUUUUUUUUUGUUUUUUUUUUCUCCUUUCUCUGCCUCGAUUAGAGAGGAAAAGACGACGGCAGCAGCAGCCCCAGCCUCUCCGGCCGCUCUUUGCUUCGUAGGACGCUGAGCUGAGGGUGAUUAGAGCUGCUUGUGUUUGAGGGACAAACUGAUGUGAAGAUCCGACGCUGCCCGAACACGUUCCCUUUACUUUUUCUGCUGUUUCAUUCUACUGACGCCCGGUUGGUGGACUAAUUGUUCCCCCUGGAUGUUCCACUGUGAGCCAUGCUGCUCCUCCUGCUGCUGCUCUGCCUGCAAACUUCACUGCAACAACAGACGGCUCCUCCGGGUCGGUGUGAUGUCUCACAGAGGGAGGAACUGCACUCCUCCUGCACUUCUUUGGCUGCCUGCGCCAUCAGCAGCUGCCCCCGCGGCUUCAGCAGCGUGGGCAUGACGAACUGCAGUUAUGUGGUGGAGAUCGGUGGCGCUGAGAUGGAGCUGGAGGGAUGUCAGCGCAUCUGUGCGAGGAUGUUCAUGCAGCCACGAUGCUGCCCGCAGCACUGGGGAAUUCUCUGCCUCCCCUGUCCCAGCUGGUCAGGGAAGACCUGUAACUUCCAUGGAAACUGUCAGGAUGGAGACGUCGGUAACGGGACCUGCGUCUGUGAUGAGGGCUUCACAGGCUUUGCCUGUCAGGAGUGUAAGAAUCCAAACUUUUAUGGAGAUAAGUGUGACAAAGCUUGUGACUGUGUCUAUGGAGUGUGCAAUCAAGGUCCAGAGGGUGAUGGACAGUGUUUGUGUCAGCCACCAUACACUGGAAAACGCUGUGACCAAGUGAGCACCAGUGCCAGGUGCAGUAACUGCAGCCCUUACUCAUACUGUAAAGGAGAGGGAGACGCUGCCUACUGUGAAUGUUUGCCUGGAUACAGGAAGAAUUCGCAGGGAAAAUGCUUAACUCAUUGCUCAGGGAGGGACUGUGACGUGAAUGCCCAGUGUUCCUCACAAGGGUCAAAGGUCAGUUGUGCCUGUUUGCCCGACUACCAGGGCGACGGCAAGAUCUGCGUACCCAAAAACCCUUGCACUGAGAACCAUGGAGGGUGUCCCAUCAACUCCACCAUCUGUGUCUUCAGAGGACCCAAUAAGUCCAGUUGUGAGUGUUUGCAUGGGAUGUCCCCUGUAGGUGGCGACGCUGCGUUUGGUUGUCAGCUGGUCUCUGCCUGCUCAGCGGACACCUGUGACCCCACAGCUCGCUGUCAAACUGAACUGGAUGGACAACCCAGGUGUGUGUGUGAUGCGGGUCAGAUUGGUGAUGGCCGGCGUUGCUAUGGUAACCUGAUGGAGCGGUUGAUAGAGCUGGACAGGAGUGGGAGCCAGAGAGAAAAUCUGACCGGAGCCGUUGCCCUGUUUGAGAAAGGCUGUUCACUGCUGCUGAGUCACAAUGGACCCUUCACAGCUUUCUUCCCUCUGCUGAAAACACCCCUGACUGGUGUUAAUGACGAGCUGGUGUGUAAAAACCACUUGAUCCUGGGUCAGCACCUCUACAAGACUCUGGAAGGACGAGACUUCAGCCUGUACGGAGGAGCCAAGCUGAGGACCAAAGACAACAAGAGGUUCAUCCUGAUGGACAACCCCAGCAGACAGUACACCGUCAUCCAGGAAGACCUGCCAGCAGCCAAUGGGAUCAUCCACAUCAUCGACCGGCCAAUCACAAACACACUAUCUGACAGGUCUCCUCUUGAUGAAAAGUUUGCUGAUAAGACGAUUGGAGAGAUUCUGACCAAGGAUGAAAAAUUUAACCGCUUCCUGUCUCUGGUUGAUAACUCUGGGUCACCCCCUCCUCUUCGGGGUCCAGGACCCCUGACUGUGUUCGUCCCCACCAACCAGGCUGUGGACCGAUCCAGAGAUGGCAGCUUCUUGUACAUGCUGAGCGAUGCCAAACAUAAACUUCAGGAACUUCUUAGACACCAUGUUUACUCCCACGCUGUGCUGACUGUCGAUUCGUUGGCUGCGCUCCCUCGAAUUCAGACGAUGGCCAAUCAGAUUGUCACCAUCACUGUGUCGGAUGAUGGUGAGAUCCUAUUGGGCGAGAAAGGCAUCCAUCUGGCGAGCACCAACAUUGUGGCGUCCAAUGGGAUCAUCCAUAUGAUUGAUGGGAUCCUCUACCCGCCCUCCAUCCUUCCCAUCCUGCCUCACCGCUGUGAUGUCACUGAGAGCAAGAUCAUCGUGGGUCCCUGUGUUCACUGCAGUUAUCUCUAUCAGACUGAGUGUCCAGAAGGUACCGUUGAAAUGGAAAGUCAUCAGAUUGGCUGUAGUUACACCACUUCUCCUCUCAAACCAACACUUAGUACAGGCUGUGCCAAAUACUGCAACGCCACCAGAAAGGUAGCAGAGUGUUGUAAAGGUUUUUAUGGUCCGGAUUGUAAACCCUGUAUUGGAGGAUUCAAACAUCCCUGCUACGACAAAGGAACAUGCUUUGACGGUAUCCAUGGCAACGGCUCAUGCAGCUGUCACUCAAACUUCACGGGUGUCGCCUGCCACAUCUGCUCGGAUCCAAGCAAGCAUGGAGACAAGUGUGACCAAGAUUGUACCUGUGUCCACGGUGUGUGUGAUAACCGUCCAGGCACCAAUGGUGUGUGUCGGAGAGGUUCCUGUUUGGAGGGGUACCAAGGAAACGACUGUGACAGCAUGCUCAUGAUGUGUGACGUCAGAGGAAUAAACCAAGUCUGUCACAUCCACGCAUACUGUACAACCACAAGAAUGAAUGCUAUUUGUUUUUGUAAGGAUGGAUAUGAAGGUGACGGUCACUCUUGUUCUGCCAUCAACCCCUGCCUAAAGAGAAACCGAGGAGGCUGCGACACUAAUGCAGAGUGUGUCUACGAGGCUCCUGGCAGGGCAUCAUGCACGUGUGGUAAAGGUUGGACAGGUGACGGGACAGUUUGUGUGGAGAUCAAUAACUGUGAGACGGAUAGUCGAGGAGGCUGCAGCCCCAACGCCAACUGCAACCACCUUGGACCUGGACAGAGUGAGUGUGUGUGUAAAACGGGUUACAUGGGAAACGGCAUCGUGUGUGACCUCAUUAAUCCUUGCCUCAGGCAGAAUGGAGGCUGCCAUCAACUGGCAAAGUGUGAGCAGAAGGAGAGUGGAUCUCACACCUGUACCUGCCCUGAUGGCUAUGCUGGAGACGGAUUCAUCUGCUAUGGAUCAUUAAUGGAUGAGCUGGACAUGGACAUGAAGAUGUACAGUUUCUACCGGCUGAUUCAGAAAUCCAGUCAUACUGCAGAGGACCUGAGUGGGAACCUCACAGUGUUGGUUCCAUCUAGAGAUGCUCUGAGGAACAUCACUUUAUCUCAGAACUCAUUCUGGACCAACCGACACCGCCUGCCUCACUUCCUGCGGGCCCAUUUCCUGCCAGGAUUCUACUCUAGAGAAGAUCUUGACAGACUCGUGGGUAAAAAGCUGCCCACUCUGAACCCUCCGACCUACUGGGAAGUCACCAACAGCAGCGGGGUGGUCUGCAUUGGAAACGCAUCCAUCCUCACCCCCAACCUGCCUGCAAUCAAUGGCUACAUCCACAUCAUUGACAAGAUUCUGGCCCCGUCACGCUCAGACCUCCCCCCAGAGCCCCCCACACUGAUGGCCUUCCUGAACUCUUCUUCCAACUUUACUCUGUUCAGACAGUACGCCCUGUUGUACAAUCUGUCAAAUGAUCUGGGUUUGGAUGAUUUCACCCUCCUGCUGCCAACAGAUGAUGCCAUCAGGCAGCACCUCAGCAGGACCAACACCUCUCUCCUGGACUCUGAUGUGUUCAAGUACCAUGUGAUUCUCAAUGAGCUGCUCUUCCCCGACCACCUGUUUGACGGCACGUUGAAAAGUACAAUGCUGGGCAUCGACUACCAGGUCAUGUUCCACCUAAACAACGACAACAAGACGGUUGUGAAUGAAGUUCCUCUUGACGGCAGUUUCAUUGAGACCCAGACCGGCAUCAUCAUAGUCCUCCCUCAGGUCCUCAAAGUCCACCGCAACAGAUGCAGUAAACUGGUCACCACACAAGUCAAUGGAAGGUGUACAGACUGUGAAGGACCACCUCGAUGCUUAUUCAGCUACAAACCAAUCAGAGAACAGUUUCCAGCCAACAUGAGAUCCAACUGUAGAUACAGGAAGCGAAUCGGAUCCAGGAGGAAGUCGGUGCCAGGCUGUGUCAUCAAAUGUCUUAAGUUCAUGACGGAUCAUUCCUGUUGCCCUGGUUACUACGGCCAUGAGUGCUUCAAAUGCCCCGGAGACGUUGGCAGCUGGUGCUCCAAUCAUGGGGAGUGUCAGGAUGGUAACAGUGGUAACGGGGAGUGCCGUUGCUAUGAGGGUUUCCAUGGCACUGCGUGUGAGGACUGUGAGCCAGGACGGUAUGGAGUCAACUGCUCCUCUAAGUGUGUGUGUGACCAUGGGAAGUGUGAGGAUGGUCUGGCAGGAAGUGGCAGGUGCAUGUGUUAUAAAGGCUGGAAAGGAGCUUCCUGCUCUGUAGAGAUUAAGGAUGACGCCUGUGGAGGUGGGUGUGACGAGAACGCAAACUGUAUAACAGGUCCAGCGGGUACAGCUGCUACCUGUGUUUGUGUGGCUGGAUAUGUAGGCAAUGGAACUCACUGCAAAGAGCUGGAUAUGUGCAGCUGGUCUAACGGUGGAUGUUCAGAGUUUGCCAUCUGCACAAAGGUCUCAGCAGGAAUGAGGACCUGUACCUGUAAAGAAGGGUACACUGGGGAUGGUGUCGUCUGUCUGGGGGUUGAUGGUUGUCUAGUCAACAAUGGAGGCUGCCAUAGAAAUGCAGACUGUUUCAGAACCGGCCCCAACAUUACGGCCUGCAGGUGUCGGAUGGGCUUUGGUGGACCGGGGAGGUACUGUUACCCUGUCAACCCCUGCCAAAGUGACAAUGGUGGCUGCAGUAAGCAUGCUCGCUGUGAGUAUUUUGGUAAUGGUCAAAGGAACUGCACCUGCCUCAGAGGUCACCUGGGCGACGGCUUCGAUUGUCGGGGAAGCACCCACAAUGAAGUGUUUCGCCAGCCAGAGAACGCCUUCUUUCGUCGGAUGUUUUCACAAUCGGGGAUUCGUGGUCUUUAUGGCGACGGACCGUUCACUGUCUUCAGCCCUGUAGAGCAAAGCAACAACGACUCCUCUUAUCAGCAAUGGGACCGGUCUGGUCGUCUUGCUGAACUAGUUCGGUACCACAUCGUUUCCUGUGAAAAGUUGACCUUGGCUGACCUGAAAACCACCAAGCACGCUGUCUCAACGUCGGGACACAUGCUGAGCUUCAGCGUGCAACAGGGUUCCGUCUGGGUCAACAACAGAUCGAGGAUCGUGAAAAGUGAUUACACCACAUUUAACGGUGUCAUUCACCACAUUGACACGAUGUUGAUGCCCUAUAGGCUGCAGGACAAACCAAGCGUCAAGUCUAACACAAUGAACCUCACAUCAGCGGCUGUCUUUUAUGGCUACACCCGUUUCUACAAACUCGUGGAGGAUGCAGGGUUACUCCCGGUGCUCAGGAUGUCCGUCCACCAGCCUUUCACAAUGUUUUGGCCCACAGACGAGGCUCUUAACUCCCUGCCAGCUGAAAGACAGCGCUGGCUUUCCAGCCCCGACCACCAAGACCUAGUGGCUGCCCUUGUGAAGGCUCACAUCAUACGCAACUCCAAGGUGAUGGGUCUCAGUCAGCCGGAUAAAUACUCGUCGUAUCGCACCAUGCACGGAUCCACCAUCAAGUACAGCUGUGACAAGACCCUGGUGGGGGCUGUAUUGAUUAAUGAAAACGCAGCCAAGUUAGUGGAGCGCUACCUGAACUUCCAAGAGGGCAUUGCUUAUGGCAUCGACCAGCUACUGGAGCCACCUGGCCUGGGAGCACACUGCGACACCCUGGAGAACAAAACCACUUAUGGACGCUGUGGCCGCUGCACCUUCCCUCCAUCGUGCCCCUACAGACACCAAGACACGGGAAACAGGGAGAGUUGUAAUAACUAUCGCACCGGGUUUGGGAGAAGUUACCCACCCAGCUGGUUUGGUGGCCUGGACGAUGGUUUUGGCCGAAGAGGCUGUAAGAGGGUUUGUCAGUUUGCGUCCUGGGUCCAAAAAUGCUGCAAAAACCACUACAGCCGAGAUUGUCAAGUUUGCCCAGGUGGCGUGGAGGCCCCUUGUAGCAACCAUGGCGACUGCGAAGAUGGCUUGCGUGGUUCUGGGAGAUGUCGGUGCCACACAGGAUUCAGAGGAGCAGCCUGCGAACUGUGUUCCACCGGCUAUUAUGGCCCCAACUGCACAGCCUGCAGCUGUGGGCAGCAGGGAUGGUGUGAUGAGGGCAUUGAAGGUUCUGGAAAGUGCACCUGUAUAGCAGGCUGGAAGGGGGAUCACUGCGAGAUUGAUAUAGGCUCUAUCCCAGAGGAGUGCCGGCAGUGCCACACUCAGGCAGACUGUGUGCCAGGUGUUGGCUGUCAGUGUAAAACUGGUUUUCAGGGGAACGGCACCUUCUGCAGUCCAGAGCCACCUCCAGACCUCUGCGCAGAGUACAAUGGUGGCUGUCACCUGAAUGCAGACUGUAACCAGACGGGGCUGAUCGUCAACUGCACCUGUCAGACUGGUUACCAAGGAGACGGCUACUCCUGCCAACCCAUCAACAGGUGUAUUGAGGAGCAGAAUGGGGGCUGCAGUGACUUUGCCUCCUGCAAGUUCACCGGUCCAAACGAGCGUGAUUGUGAAUGUCUGCCUGGGUACGUUGGUAAUGGAGUCCAGUGUCUGGAGAAGGUGGUGCCCCCUGUAGAUCGCUGCCUGGAAGACAAUGGAGGCUGCGACCCUGUGGCCACCUGCAAGGACCUGCAUUACCAUGCCAACACAGCUGGAGUGUUCCACCUGCGCUCUCCGGAGGGGAAGUACAAGAUGAACUUCAGUCAGGCUGGCGCCGCCUGCCAGGCCGAGGGCGCCACACUGGCCAACUUUAAACAGCUGGGAGACGCACAGCAGCUGGGGAUGCAUCUGUGUGUGGCCGGCUGGAUGGAGGGGGGCCAGGUGGGAUACCCGACCCGCUUUCCCUCCGUCAGGUGUGGAGACAACCAUGUAGGCCUGGUUAUCUACAAAGAACCUGUGGACCAGAGCUCCAAGUACGACGCCUACUGCUACAGGCUCAAAGAUGUGUCAUGUACGUGUCCGGCUGGCUACGUGGGAAAUGGCGACUUCUGUAACGGCGUCCUGAGCAGCGUCCUCGCAACAAACAGUAACUUCUCCAUAUUUUACAAGAUGUUAUUGGACUAUAGCGGCUCGUCGACGGACGGUAAACAGCUUGUUGAUUUUCUGUCUGACAGGACGUCUGAGGUCAUGCUGUUUGUUCCUCACAACUCCGGCUUCACCCAAAAUAAGACUCUGUCUGGUAGAGAUCUGGAGUAUCACAUCACAGCCAAUCACAGCAGACGGCCGUUCAAGGAUCUGAAACACAAGGAAGUCAUCGUAUCCAGGCUUGGGUACAACCUGACUGUUACCCACAGCAACGAGAGCUCUAAGCUGGUGAACCAGCGGCUGCUGGUUGAUUGGGACAUUCUUGCUGUAAACGGGAUCAUACACGUCAUCGAGGGCCCACUGACAGCACCCCCCGCACCAAUCCCUGUUCCACAAAGCCACGCCCACAAGACUGGCACUGCGUCGGCCAUCUUGGUGUCUUUGUUGCUGCUGUGUAUGUUGGCUUUGCUCGGCUACUACCUCUUCAAACACAAGACCGACGCCUUCCGCUUCCACUACUUCAGAAAUGAGGAUGAGGACGGUGCGACGGGCGGCAGGACGAAGCCCACGCUGGUCUCAAUCCCAAACCCUCUGUACAGCGGCUCCAGAGCCUUCAGCGAGCCGUUUGGGGACCCCGGUCAGGGGUUGGAACCAAUAGAACCUGAAGAACCUCCAAAGAUUCUGGACCUGGACCAGUAGAACCAACUGACCCAGUAAAACUGGAGCUGUCUGUUUACAUACCACAAUAGCUUGUUUUAACAUUGGUUCAGCUUUUUUUCAGUUCAUCUGUAUCCAGAGAAAAAAAUUAAAGCUGUCUGUUUACUGAACCCAGAUGCUCUCUGGGGAAAAAACCAAAUCACUGUUUCGUAUUAUCAAUGGAUCAAAUGAUUGUGUGCAAUGUGAAAGUCACCAACUCUGCAGCCCUAUGAUGCACUUUAGCCUCUUUUAGCUGUUAGUUUUACAUUUACUAUUUGGUUUGGUCUCCACCAACUACUGAUCAAAAUGUUAUUUUUUUUGUCUACAAGAUGUUUUACGUUCUUCACCAGCUGAUCUCUGACUUUGUCUCUUUGCUGCUUGAUGCUGGUAUUCAGGUAUUGUACUGUCGGUUGCUAUGAGCAGGCUGCUGUGAAAACUUCUAUACAAGUGAUGUCUCAUCAGUCCAGGAGGUCAAAACAAGCUGCGUAGAGCUGCAGAGUCGGUUGCUGAUUCAAAGCCAAAGCCUGAUGUAUCUUCUUCCUCUGUGCCGUAAAGCUCAACUGAUGUCCAAAGAACAUUAAAACAUCAGUGAACCAACAAA